UGUAUGGUGCGAACAUGGAUUCUGAACACCAUCUCCAAAGACUUGGUAAACGCAUACUUGUAUGCAAGCUCUUCCAGAGAUCUCUGGCUGGAGCUUGAAGCUCGGUACGGUGAGUGCGAUGGUACUCUGCUCUAUAAGUUGCAACGCGAAAUUAGUUCUAUUUCACAAGGCAAUAUGAGUGUAACUAGUUACUACACAAAAUUGAAACAACUUUGGGAUGAAUUGUUAUGUCUUAUGCCACCAGCCAUGUGUUCAUGUGGCCUUUGUAUAUGUGGAUGCAACAAAAUCAAAGCGGAACAAAACGAUGCGAGUCAGCUGAUGCAAUUUUUGAUGGGUUUGAAUGAUUCCUACGACAAUAUUCGUAGUCAGAUCUUAGUUCUAGAACCUCUUCCCCUUGUCAAUAAGGCGUAUUCUAUGGUGCUACGGGUUGAGAGACAAAGGAUGGUGAAUUCAGAAUAUUCUGAUAUAGGAGAAGGUUCGGCCAUGAAAGCAUAUGAGCAAAGGUACUCUGCACCUAACAUAGGAUCUCGACAAUUCAUGCGACGCAAGGGACCUAUAGAUAAACGCAAUCUCCUUUGCGAACACUGCAAUAAAACUGGACACAACAAGGAAAAUUGCUUCAGACUUCACGGCUUUCCUGAUUGGUAUAAGGAGCUACACGAAUCGCGAAGAAAACACGGCAGUGCAGGAAGAGCAUAUGCAGCAACCAGUGGAGAAGGUAGUGGAUUGGAUAAACCUGGGAAUUCUGACGCUAAUAACACCUUGAUGUCAGAAUUGCUAGAGGCAUUACGAAUGGUCCAACACAAAGUACCUCAGGAUCCUAUCAAUGUGCAUUUUGCCCAAGUAGAUGAAAUGGCAGGACCUGAAAACUAAUCGCAUUUUGGCUUUAGGCAAGCAACAUAGGCAACUUUAUCACUUGGGAAGAAAAUCAUUUGUUGCUGCUUCUGUCUAUUCUGAUUCUCAUGCUUUACUGUCCUCAUCUGUUGAUGAUUUUUCUCUAUGGCACCAAAGGCUAGGACAUUGCUCUCGUGAUGUAAUGAAACACAUAGAUUCUUUACAUAUUCCUGCACCACAUAAAGAUCAUAUUUGUAGCAU